GCGCAGAUAACCAGGAAGGGUUGGUUGAGUCAAUACGAUGGUUCACUUAUGUUUUGGAGCAUAGGAGAAUAACAACAGGUUUGACCGCAUCCACUUCCAGUCGCAGCCAUGGUGUGCUGCCAUUCCUGCCCUAGGCUGUGCUCCCGCUCAUCGGCCUACACUCUGGCCCUGGGCCUGGGCUUUGUAACUUUGGGGACCAGUCGUAUCCUGCUGCUCAAAUUCUCUGCCAAUGCUGAGAACAAGUAUGACUUCCUCCCUGCAUCUGUCAACCUACUUGCUGAGGCGCUCAAACUGCUCUUCUGUCUGGUUAUGUCAGUCAGGGUCAUAGUCCGAGAGGGACGAUCAUGCAGAGACCUGGGCUGUUCCUCCACCUCCUCCCUGCUCAGUUCCCUGAAGUGGGCUGUCCCUGCUUUCCUCUACUUUGUCGACAACCUCAUCAUCUUCUAUGUGAUGACCUACCUGCAGCCUGCCAUGGCAGUGCUCUUCUCCAACUUUGUCAUCCUGACCACGGCUGUACUCUUCAGAAUUGUUCUGAAGAGGCGCUUGUCUUGGGUUCAGUGGGCAGCGUUAGUCAUCCUCUUCCUGUCCAUCGUUUCCUUGACGACAGGAUCAGGGGGCAGCCAAAACUCCAUAGCUGUGCCAGGUCUCCACUCUAACCCCCUCUCCACCCCCUCCAACUCCUGCCUACUCUACACACAGCUCCUGGAGCAGAUGAGGAACAGCAGUGCCAGUGAAUCAUGGGUGUCGUCCCUGCCCGGUCAGGCCUGGAGGAACAGGGUAGUAGAGAAGCUUAAAUCUCUGGGUGUGGGUCACAUCCUGCUCCUCCUCCAGUGUUUCAUAUCCGCCAUGGCAAACAUCUACAAUGAGAAGAUCCUCAAAGAAGGAGACCAACUCACUGAGAGCAUCUUCAUCCAGAACAGUAAAUUGUAUGCCUUUGGUGUGAUAUUUAAUAGUCUGACCCUUGGGCUUGGAAGCGAGGCACGAGGCCUCACCAUCCACUGUGGCCUCCUCCACGGACAUAACAUCUACUCCCUGGGUCUGGUGCUGGCCACUGCUUCUCUCGGUUUAUCUGUGGCCUUCAUCUUGAAAUUCAGAGAUAACAUGUUCCAUGUGCUGACGGGCCAGAUCACCACUGUUUUGGUUACCGCCCUCUCCCUUUUCCUCUUCGACUUCCACCCGUCGCUGGACUUCUUCCUCCAGGCUCCCAUGGUCCUGCUGGCCAUCUUUAUCUACAACGCCAGCCGGCCCAAGGACCUGGAAUACAGCCUUCAGCAGGAAAAACUGCGGGUCAUCAACGGAGAGGUGUUCGAGAGGUCCAGAGGGGAUGGGGAAGAGCUGGAGCUCCUGACAAAGCCCAACACAGACAGUGAUUCCGAGGAAGAGUCUUUGUAGUGAUGACUUACGGUUCUGCUACAAGACAGAUUUUCUUCUGCACUGCCGCUUCAUAUUAAGCUGCUCACUAGACUUGUGCUCCUGGAUGCAGGACUGUCUACACACACACGUUCUGUUAAAGCAUUUAUUUGAAUGACCGUCAGUAAGAAAACAGUGACUGAUAAUGUUGACGGGAUGUGUGAUGAGCUCUGUCAGACAUAUGUUUGCACUUUCCUCAUGACUGAAAAAAACAACUAAGGCUUUUGUGUAUAUUUUGAAAUGUGCCUGUCUGUGUACGAGUUCUGUCAUGUGCAGGGAAAUUAUUGUGUCACGGUAUUUGCCGUUUGGGAUCAUUAAGGGCUUCUGUUAGGGAUUGUUUAUUUCCUCUAAUGAUUUUUGUUACAUGUGCAGCUAUUUGACUGUUGGAAGGUAAUUGGAUAAGAUUAAUGACCAGCAGCCACAUUUCAGCCAAUUUUACGGUUGUAUCAGGCAAUACAGUAUUUUAAUUGUUGUUGGUACUGUGUAAAAGAAAUGUUGAUUCAACUCUGUGAUCAUCUUUGAGACCAUAUUUAAACAAUUUGGACAACUUAAGCAACACAGUACAGGACAAAUCCACCAACUAUACCUUCAUAAAUUACCAUGGAACUCUACGUUACCAGAAGUUUACACACACAACUGUUUGCUUCAUUAUAGUGCACAAGAGUUUUUUUUCUUACACCUGAACCAGAAUCAUAAGCAUUGACAUAAAAGACCACUUUAAUGUCAGUCUGAAAGCACAACAAACUGGCUCUUGAUUCUCUUACUUGGCCUUGAAUAUAUAUACUGUAUAUUUUUUGUCAUUAUGGCAUUACAACUGUGAAAUACAAUGAAAUUUACAGUAUUUGUCUUCUUCGUUCUAUAAAAAAGAUUGUCUUUUGUGCCAUAAAAUUUUAACAUGUAUGAAUGCUAAAGUUGCUCUGAAAUAAACUGCAAGUAAACUGGCUUAA